AUGCCCUUCGGGUUGGGCGAGGAGAGCGCCAAGAUGGUGAACAGCACAGUAGCCGCUCUGGACAAGCUCCGGGCAUCCCUGCAAGAGGCAGCGAUGAUAUGCAAGCCCAUGCGAGCAGUGGAAGGGAUCGAGACGGAGGAGUUCGACGCCGCUGACUUGGAGGAGGAGGACCCUGAGGAAGGAGUAGGAGUGGACGAGAGGGCAGCAUCGCUAUCCCCUGAGGACUUCCUGAACGAGGAGGAGGAAUGGUUUUCAUCAGCGCGAUGGAUCAUGGGGAGGGAGGAGACGGCGGAGUUCAUGAGAAGGGCCCUCAAGAGCCACAUCGCUCCGCUGUACAUCCCGCUGGCCGACAACAACAGGAGGGACGCGGAGGAGAUCGUUCCUCGAGACGUUGACGCGGACAUCUGCGAGUUCGUGCUUGAGUUCCUUGCUGAUCGGAACUUGCGAUCGGAAUCAGUGAAGGACGUCAGAGACGACCUUAGCGCUGCGCUGGGGGAGCAGGGAGUAGCUUUCCUGCCGCAUGACUACCCCGUGUACGAUGACGCGAUUUCGAUAUCCAGCGAGCGGGAGGAGGAGGAGGAGGAGCAGCAGCAGCAGCAGGGGAGGAGGGAGGAAGGGGGGAAUCAGACUUUACCUCCUCUCGGACCCUUUGCGGAGAAGUUCGACGACACGGAGGAAGGAUGGAGCGCCUGGCAUCAGCUGUUUGUGGAGAACCGUGCAAUCGUGACGAGACCCUUGUGCCCGCAGAGUGAGGACGAGGACGAGGACGAGGACGAGGACGAGGACGAGGACGAGGACGAGGACGAGGAGGGCGAGGGCGAGGACGAGAGCAAGGAAGAGAGCGCAGGGGCUCCAAGGCGAUCGGAGGGGAAGGAAGGAGCUGCGAUGCUUCAGACUCCCCGGGACCAUCCCGUCUCGGAACUGCUUCGAGAGAUCAUUGUCGACACGUUGACAAGAUGCCGUGGAGACGCACAAGUUUCAAAACACGCCGAGAAGUUGAUCUCGUCGCUCAUCUACCGGAUUAGGUCGCUGGUGAUGGUAGUGGUGGUGGUUACAAUCCUGAAGAUGACAGCGGUCAAAGUGAUGGAGAUUGUGAACGGAAAGAACAUGCGCAAUGCACUGAUGCUCAUCCACCGUGUUUGUUGCUAUCCAGCUAUACCUCAAAGUGCCAUCACACUGAACGUGGCAUGGCAGGCGGUUCUUUCCGUCCUCCUCGCUGGCCCUCUCAGGCAGAUCGAACUUGAGCACGAAGACCUCCCUCCAGCCCUCGUCCGUCGAGCGCGGCAUUUCGCAAAGAACAUGAUCGACCCUGGCGAGUGUCCGGUCAAGUCCGGCGAUCAAGACCUCACCUUCGAGCGACACGUACUGGACGAGAUGAGAGGAGACGAAGAGCUCUGUCUUCAUGCUACGGUAGCUGCUCCGUCCUCAGAGGAGGAAAGGGUGAAGGCAGUGCAGGGAUGGAGUUUGAAGUUCCUCUUCGAGGGGUUCGACAUCGACAACAUGGAGCGACGAAGGCAUGCCUUCCGACAGAGUGCAGACGAAAUGAUCCAUGGACCCCUUGCCGCCGUCGUCGUCUCCGGCUCCAACGAGUGGGCAUGGAACGCAUCGAACGUCUCAGAGGAUCAAGAGCUCGCUGACUUCAUCGCCGUUUACUCGGACAACUUCGUCUUGAGCUACCGAGACACCUUGUGCUCUGUCCUUGACGACCUCAGCGAUGCUCUCAAGCUCGCAGGCUUUCCAGUGCGCAAGGGGCUGCAGAACAGGGGGGCAGCGGAGGAUCGACCGGCAAACCUGAAACCCCAGCUUGGCGAGAGCAGCAUCCCCAACCUGGGAGUCCUGCCGCAAACCCCUGUUAAACAGGACGCGCCAGGACACCCGCACACGCCUUCUACUCCUCUAGAUUCCCGAGAGCCUCCUCCGGUCGAGCUGGACUCCACUCCUCUGCCGCCCACGCCGCCAACCGGCUAA